AUGCCUUGGCGUCAUUCCUACCCCUGGGCCCAGCAGGUGGCGCCCAAGGGGUUCCCCGGGGAGGGCGCUCGCCGAAUGAGAGACCCGCUACUGCCUAAUCUGCCUCCGCGUGAGCUCCGAUCACGCCCUGGCGCGGGGAGAUCGGGGAGCUCGAGGGGCGGCGCCGAGUGGUGGCAGCCCUCCAGCGGCGAGUCCUCGCCCGCAGAGCCGGGGCUGGACUUUUGGAGUCCCCAGCUGCGCCUGCCCCGUCUGCCCAGCAGGGCGCCGCGGGCAGCACGAAGCAGGACAGGGCUUAGGUCGCCGCUGCUGCCGUCCCUGCUUCUGGAUGGUGCUUCCCGGACGCCGGCGCCCCCGCACUCCAGGCCUGGAGAGUGCGAGGAUUUCUGGAGGGGCUCGGCCAGGAAGCCCCCGCCCUCCUUGGGUGCCCUCCUAGGAGAGUUCCUCCCUAGCAGGUUCCGGGAGUUCCUGCGCCAGCUCGGGGCAGAGUGGGUUUCUCAGCCACAGCCACCGACAUCUUCAGAAUCGCCACACCAAAGGGGUGUGUCAGAGCGCUGGCAGGGACUUUCUCCUCAGUGUCCCAACUGCUCCUUCCUCCCAGACCUGCGGGGCCAGUCAUCGAAGAGUCUGAAGAAGAUUUUGCUCGAUCAGAUACCUACUCCAGGGCCACUGAGGAGAGAUCCAGAACGAUCCGCCAAGGUCAAGAAGGCCAACAAGCCUCGUGGUCUCCAGGCGCCCAAGCCCAAGGCCAAGUUCACCUGCAGCUCCUCAGAGGAAGGCUCAGGGCACCAUAGGCGGUGCCCUCCCUUCCGAGUGCGAUUCGCUGACGAGACCCUGUGGGACUCGGUGCUCCGCUACUGGGAGCGCAGAUGUGCAUUCCAGCAGGACAUCACCGAGGACAGCCCAGACAUGCAGUCGGCUCCAUUGGAACGUGUACUUGGGAGCGUUGGGCGAUGGCUAGAGAGUGUGCCCAAAGGCCUGGACUCCACAUCCAAGGAGGAGGCCCCAGCCAGCUCCGCGUUCAGCUGGGACAGCCCUGGCCUGCCCAUCCCAGAGCUGCAAGACUACCUCUCUGAAGACAUCUCCGUGAACAGCAGCCUGCCCUACAUCCCCAGGGCCACCACCCAGAGGCAGCAAAGAGACUGCAAAACCUUUCUGGGUGCCCACAGCAUUCUCGACCAGGUCGACAAAUCGCCCUACUCCUGGAGCCAGGAACUGGAGUCCUUCUUGCCCCGCCUGGAGCUGCACAGGAAGCGAGGCCGCCCUAAGGGGUACCAGCCCUUCUUCCUUCAGUAAUACGGCAG